AUGUAUCCUACGAUUAUGUCGAGCCGCUCCGAGCGGACCGCCGUCGGACAAUCUUUCUUCGACCGAAUUAAGGAUCUGCUUCCGACUGAACGUGAUCGUCAGCAGUUUGAUGCGUUUUUGGAUCACUUGUUCAACGAAGUGAAGUUCCAUGAGACGGUUACUGCCAUUAUUUUCGAUGAAAUGAUCGACAGUCUCGAUGAAAUCAUCAGACGGGGUCCCGGUAAUGGUGAAACCGAAAUCAACAAAAUCCAUGAAUUGAUUGAAGACAAUUUCGACGUCUUGGAACAAGCUGAAAUCAGGAUGGUCAACGAAAAUGCGCCUGAUCAUGCAUUUGCUGAAUACUUCAAGGAUGAUGCCAUGCUUACUGAAACACGUGGCAAAUUGUGGAAUUUAAGAAAAGAAGCCAUUGACAAUGUCAAAUCAAUUGUUCAUCGCACCGCUAACAUCCAAUUAGGCGACGGUCAAGCGGUCAACGAUGUCUGCAAUGACUUUCGGGACAAAAUCAUCCUCGCAGUCAGCAUGUUUGAGCAGAGAUUAGCCGACCAUGCCGACACCACAUUCGAAAACACCAACAUCAUCAGUGCAGCAUUCCCGCCUCGUCAUGUCGCGUUCAUUUUCAAGACUGCGGCGGGGCCUUCAGCGUGUUGGUUCAUGCACAGAUAUGGUCGUACCAUCUCAAACCUGAAAGAGGUGCGCCGUCGAGUGGCUGAAUUGUGA